AAAGUCGAUAGUUGUCACAGAAACCAUUACGAUAAGGUAUAAAUAAAUAAUAAAACGUCAUAUACUUCUUACGGAGAUUACUGAUUAUUUUCAAAGUUUAGUUUUCUUUUGUUUAAAUCCACUUUCCAAAUAUAAUGCUAGUUUAUACAUAAUUUCAAAUGAUAUAUUGACACUUUUUAUCACUUACCAAACCUUGGUGUAGCAAUCGUUUUCACCUAUAAUGGAAGUGAAUGGUGCAGUUUUGUGUGACAAUCUAAUCAAGUGGUUACAAACACUUAACCUUACAGCUAAACAUGGAAAUCCAUCAGAUCUAUCAGAUGGUGUGGCCAUUGCUGAAGCUCUUACACAAGUGGCGCCUGAAUAUUUCACACCUGCAUGGAUUUCCAAAAUCAAAACAGAUGUUGGACAUAAUUGGAGAUUAAAAGUGAGCAAUUUGAAAAAAAUACUAGAGGGUGUUGUUGAUUACCAUCAGGAUAUACUAAAUUUGAGUUUACAAGAGUUUACAAGACCUGAUGUGGUGAAUAUAGCUGAGAAUGCUGACCCUUCAGAUCUGGGCAGACUCUUGCAGCUGGUUCUCAGCUGUGCUGUUAAUUGCAUUAAAAAGGAAGAAUACAUCACUCGUAUUAUGGGACUUGAACUAUCCUGCCAACGAUCCAUAAUGCAAGCAAUACAGGAACUGGAGACGUUGACUUUGGGAGGGAACCGCGGCAGCCUGCACCUGGAGCCCGCACCGGACUCGGAUGCUGACAUGAGAGAGGCUCUUGCACAACGAUGCCAUGAUCUCGAUAAUCAGGUGAAAAUCCUUGAAGAGGAGAAGAUGACGUUACUAAGCGAGGUGAGCCGGCUGACGGCGGCGCAGCCGGGGGCGGCGGGCGGCGGGGAGCGGGAGCUGGAUGAGGCGGGCGCGUCGCUGGGCCCCGCGCACGCCGGCACGCUGCGCUACAGCCACAUGCGCGCGCAGCUCGACGCGCUCAAAGACGAGCUGGACAAGCUCGAGCUGCAGCGAGACGAUCAACGUGCGCGCGCCGACGGACUCGAGCGAGACCUCGCUAUGGUCAAACUGAGGAAUGAAGAACUACAGAUAGCGGCAUCAGAGAACGUAGCUCUGAAGGACGAGGUGGACGCGCUGCGCGAGACGGCGGCGAAGGCGGCCGCGCUCGAGGCCGCGGUCGCCUCCUACAAGAAGAGGAUGGAGGAACACGUCGAUUUACGAAGACAGGUGAAGCUAUUAGAGCGUGCAAACUUGGAGCACGUGCAGCGCGCCAUCGAGCACGAGCAGGCGGCCGCGCGCGCCAAUGCCGUGCGCGCCCAGCUCGACAUAUACAAGAAACAGGUAACAGAUUUAAACGAGAAGUUAGACGCGGAGAUAACGAAGGCGGAUAAGCUGGAGAUCGAGAACAAGAAGCUGAGCAGCCGCGCGGCGUCGCUGCAGCGCGAGCGGGACGCGCUGCUGCAGGAGCGCGCCACCCUCAGGGAGACGGUGGACGAACUGCGCUGCUCCACCGCCUCUGCAGGUGCAAGCGAAGGAAACGUAUCGAAAGAGAUGAUGCCGAAUGACCUGAAGGAGCACCUGGUGCGGCUCGAGCACGAGAACAAGCUGCUACGGCAGAACCAAGGAGCACAAGCGGACCACGCCUCAGUGCAAGCGCUGCUGGAGGAGUACGCGGCGCGGCUGGAGAAGCAGCGCGGCGUGAACCGCGAGGCGGCGCAGCGCAUCAUGCAGCUGGAGGCCGCGCUGGAGCAGCCGCACCCCCGCCUCGCCUCCGCCAUCGAGGACAACCAGAGGAAAUCGCUGCAGGUGGAGGAGCUGCAGGGGCUGCUGGGCGAGGAGCGGCGGCGCGCCGGCAAGCUGCAGGAGGCGCUGGCGGCGCGCGACGCCGACCUGCUCGCGCUCGAGGACAAGUACAAGAAGUGCGUCGACAAGGCCAAGGAGGUCAUCAAGUCCCUCGACCCUAGGACCAUCACCACCGGCCAGCAGUCAAUAUCAGAUAUAACGCUGGGCUACUCGCGAGCUAACAACAGCGCGGCCGCCGCGCGCUCCGAAACUGCGCCCAACAACAACAACCGGCACGAAUGGAGCGGUAGUGGGGAGGGCAGCGGCGAGGGCGGGGAGGCGCGCGCCAGCAGCGAGCAGCGGCUGCUAGCGUCCGCGUGGUACCAGCUGAGCCUGCGCUGCCACCGCGAGGCGGUCGACCAGCGGUUCGCGCUGCUGGCUAGCGGACACUCCUUCCUCGCGCGCCAGCGCCGCCAGCAGCCGCGCCCGCGCCCCGCCGCCGCCGCGCCCGCGCCCUGACCGCCGCACCACAUACUGAUACUGACACUAAUGGUUCCACUGGCAACACAACUCGUUAGCUGUCGGAUCUAACAGAACAAUGUUGCAAGAAUUAAAAAUGACAGUAUAUACUUUUAUACCAAGAGUAUAAUUAAUAUUUGUUACCGUGAAUCCUUAAUUCGAAACAUAGUAUACCGCUUUCCUAGUUUCUUUAAACAGAACGAGAAGGAGGUUUUUUUAAAAGUAUUUUGACAAUUAAAAAACCUACAGAUUA